GCGUUGCCUUGACAACGGCUGACGCGUUGUCACUAGGGAAGCUGCUGAGCUCCUGAGAGCUGCAGAGUGGACCCUGCGGGCAGGAGAGUAUGAGGAGCCGGUGUCUGUGUCAAAUCUGCACUUGCGGGCGACAUCAUUGUCCACACGAGACCACAAGGAUUUAUGAAAAUUCCAGCGUGUACUUCCCAACCACUGAAUAUUUGGAGAAGUAUCCCACCUACGGCAAUGUUCUUCCCGCUCAGAGUCUUAAACCCAAGCAAGGAUUUCGAGCAUACGGCGGGAAAAUGGAAGGGAUGACAACAUUUAAAUCCGACUAUCGUCCCCAUGAAAUCGUCCAACAGCCUCGCCACGUCCCAGCAGAGCAUAAACCGAGGCCGGGCCAGAUCGACCUGGGCACCACCUACACACGGGACUUUCACUCUUAUCAAGUGCAUCCCGUGGCAAUAGUCCGGCCUUCAGAGAGACCACACGUCACAAAAGGGAAGUUGGACACCGUCCCAACCUACAGAGAUGAUUACAGGGCUUGGGACAUUCAGAGACGUGAACUUAGUAAACCAGAACAAACUUACUCUCCCCCUACAAAGAAAUUUGGGAAUUCCACUACGUUCCAGGACGACUACGUGCCCCAGGAGACGCAGCCGAGGCAAAACUUUAAACCCGUCUGUGCGGUCAAACCUCCCACAGCCCCUUUUCAUGGCGACACCAGCCAUCGCCUCGAUUAUGUGCCUUACCAGCUCGAGUCCCAGCCUGCUCGGCCCAAAGCCACUUACAGGCCCCCUGACCAACCCUUUGAGGACCUCACGACUCACCGAUGUGCCUUUCAGGGUCUUCUUGGUGAGAGCGCAAAAAUCUGCAGGCCCGCACACGGCACAGUGACCCAAAAUGCUCCGUUCGAGGGGAGCACCGAAUUCCAGGAAAGUUUUCAACCUUGGGAGGUCCCACCCCCCGCAGCCAGGAAAGUGCCCGAGUACGUCCCUCCGCCAGGGGCCAUGCAGCUGCUCAGCUCCAGCCGGCUGGACUUCGUGCCCCAUCGGGCGAACCGUGUCCUCCCCAUCAGGCCCGCGUCCCACAGGGGAAAUAAGAAGCAUCCUUUCCAAGGAAAAAGCACCACGAAGGAAGACUUCCCCGCAUGGGAAAGUUGUCGCCGAGGCCUCAUUAAACAGCGGCAGCAGAUUCCCCGCGCAUCUGGAAAAUUCGAGGGCCUGAGCACUUUCCGAUCUCACUAUGUGCCACACAGGCUGACUCUCACGGAGAGCUGUAAGCCUUUAAACGCUCCCUUGCGGAGUUCCAGCCCAUUCGACGACGUGACCAUGUACUCCACCGAGUACGCCCCAAAGAAACGAGAAGUCUGCCCUGCCAGCGACCCGUCCCUGCCAGGCUACGUCUACGAAAACACCGACUCCCGAGGCCACAGGUUCUUCCGCAGGGUCACGCCCACCGUGAAGGCCUUCUAG